CGUUGGUUUGUUCGUUUGCCCAUAGAACAUAAUUUAUUGGUUAUUUUUUAUGAGUGUUGGUACGUACAGAGACAGACAGUUGUUUUAGUGUUUUGGCGCAUUUUAUGUGUAUCUGUUCUGUGAGCGGUUCGUUAAGUUUUACCGGCUACUUUGUAAAAGAAUUCAUCACUCUUUCAAGAUGUUUGAGGCACGACUUAUCGCCAGUUCAACCCUUAAAAAGGUUUUGGAAGCAAUUAAAGAUUUGCUAAACGAAGCCACUUUUGAUUGCAGCGAUUCUGGGAUACAAUUGCAAGCUAUGGAUAAUUCUCAUGUAUCUUUGGUAUCAAUGACUUUGCGAGCUGACGGAUUUGAUAAAUAUCGAUGUGAUCGUAACUUGUCAAUGGGAAUGAACUUAGGAAGCAUGUCAAAGAUUUUGAAAUGUGCAAACAAUGAAGAUACUGUGACUAUGAAAGCUCAAGAUAAUGCUGAUACAGUAACUUUUGUUUUCGAGUCCCAGAACCAAGAAAAAGUAUCAGACUAUGAGAUGAAACUUAUGAAUUUAGAUCAAGAACACCUUGGAAUACCUGAUACCGAUUAUGCAUGCAUAGUUAGAAUGCCUUCCCAAGAAUUUGCUCGUAUCUGUCGAGAUUUAUCUCAAUUUGGUGAAUCAGUUGUUAUCUCGUGUACCAAAGAAGGUGUUAAAUUCUCUGCCAGUGGUGAUAUUGGUUCUGCAAAUAUAAAACUAGCCCAAAAUUCCUCUGUUGAUAAAGAAGAGGAAGCUGUCACAAUCGAAAUGCAAGAACCUGUAUCACUUACAUUUGCGUGUAAAUACCUAAAUUCAUUUACAAAGGCAACACCUUUGUCCGGCCAGGUUCAACUUUCAAUGUCAGCUGAUGUGCCCUUAGUAGUAGAAUACCGCAUUCAAGAUAUUGGCCACAUUCGUUAUUACCUAGCUCCUAAAAUUGAAGAUGAUGACAGUUAAACAUUAACUAUUGUUCUUGUUGUUUAUGUUAAGUUUUCCAUAGUAAGCAAUAUUGAUAUUGUUGCUUACUAUCAUUUGUGCGAUAUUAUACAUUCAACAUCUGAUGUUUGUUGUAUUCAUGU